AUGCGCGAGAUCAUGGAAGCCAUUCUUUACGCACAGAAUGACGUCACUGAUUCUGGCGUGAAUGGGAAUGACGUCACUGAUUCUGGCGUGAAUGGGAAUGACGUCACUGAUUCUGGCGUGAAUGGGAAUGACGUCACUGAUUCUGGUGUGAAUGGGAAUGACGUCACUGAUUCUGCCGUGAAUGGGAAUGACGUCACAGAUUCUGGCGUGAAUGGGAAUGACGUCACUGAUUCUGGUGUGAAUGGGAAUGACGUAAAAAAUUCUGACGUGAAUGUGAAUGACGUCACAGAUUCUGGUGUGAAUGGGAAUGACGUCACUGAUUCUGGCGUGAAUGGGAAUGACGUCACAAAUUCUGACGUGAAUGUGAAUGACGUCACAGAUUCUGGCGAGUAUGGGAAUGACGUCACAGAUUCUGGUGUGAAUGGGAAUGACGUCACAGAUUCUGGUGUGAAUGGGAAUGACGUCACUGAUUCUGGUGUAAAUGGGAAUGACGUCACGGCUUCUGGUGUAAAUUACCUCUUUAAUGAGCGACGUGUGUACAUUGAGGUUAAGGCAGGUGUGGACAUUGAGGUUAAGGCAGGUGUGGACAUUGAGGUUAAGGCAGGUGUGGACAUUAAAGUGAAGACAGGUGUGGACAUUGAGGUUAAGGCAGGUGUGGACAUUAAAGUGAAGACAGGUGUGGACAUUGAGGUUAAGGCAGGUGUGGACAUUGAGGUUAAGGCAGGUGUGGACAUUGAGGUUAAGGUAGGUGUGGACAUUGAGGUUAAGGCAGGUGUGGACAUUGAGGUUAAGGCAGGUGUGGACAUUGAGGUUAAGGCAGGUGUGGACAUUGAGGUUAAGGCAGGUGUGGACAUUAAAGUGAAGACAGGUGUGGACAUUGAGGUUAAGGCAGGUGUGGACAUUGAGGUUAAGGCAGGUGUGGACAUUGAGGUUAAGGCAGGUGUGGACAUUAAAGUGAAGACAGGUGUGGACAUUGAGGUUAAGGCAGGUGUGGACAUUGAGGUUAAGGCAGGUGUGGACAUUGAGGUUAAGGCAGGUGUGGACAUUGAGGUUAAGGCAGGUGUGGACAUUAAAGUGAAGACAGGUGUGGACAUUGAGGUUAAGGCAGGUGUGGACAUUGAGGUGAAGACAGGUGUGGACAUUGAGGUUAAGGCAGGUGUGGACAUUAAAGUGAAGACAGGUGUGGACAUUGAGGCGAGACAGGUGUGGCCGAAUAUUGAUCCACACUUCCUGAAUAUGUUUUUGCCUGUCUCAACAACUGUUGACUAA